AUGUCGUUGUUUCCAGCACCACCGCCAUCACAUGCGGACAACGUGCUUCGGGGAGGCUAUGCAAAGAUAUUUGAAAAUCAUACAGUGUUGCUGACAGGAUGUACGGGGUCCCUAGGCGGAGUCCUAUUAUACAAAUUAGCACUCCAGCUUCCCACACGCAAGAUCUACGCGUUGAUCCGCAGUCAGCCUCAGCAGGCAAUCAAAAAGCUUCGGAGGGCUAUGCCAGACCAAGCAGAUGCAAUCCUCGCAAGCAAAAAGAUAAAGUUUGUGAUCGGCAAUAUGAGGUUGCCCAGUUUCGGAAUAGAGCCUGCACUGCUAGAACAGCUUCAAAACGAGGUCACGCUGGUUAUCCAUUCAGCAGCCAAGAUUACACUGGAUGCAAACUUAUAUGAUGCUUUUGAGAACAACUGCCUGCCGGCACUGGAGAUGGCAAGCAUGGUCUCAAAAUUUCGGCAUCUCCGACUCCUCGUUCAGAUAUCAACUGCAUAUGUCAAUAGUUUUCUCCCCGACGGCCCAGUCCUGGAGCGACUUUAUAAUUUGACGGAUGUAAGUCCAGAAGAGGAACUUGCCUCUAUCUUAGCUCGGGAAGAGACACCACACGCAACGAAGUUCUCGUCCACAUAUGCUCAUGCCAAAUAUGUGAUGGAAAGACUGCUGCCACAUCGGUUCCCAAAGCUACCCAUUUUACUUCUCCGCCCAACGAUCUUCGGUCAGUCCUUACGAGACCCGUACCCGCUGUACGGACUGGAAAACUCAACGCCACUCAAUAAAUUUUUCCAACUAUUUAUGGGUGAUCGCAAUGGUACGCAAGUUUGGCAUUCGGCAGAUGGCUACAAGACUGGGAGAAAUAUCAUUGACGAGAUCCCUGUUGAUUUCGUGGCCAACGCAUGUCUGCUUCAUGCAGCCGCCCGCACAACCGGUCUCGUUCAGAUAGCAUCAGAGCUAUACGAGUCCUUCACAUUUGACGACUAUAUCGAUAUAGUACACUCUAACGCACCAUCUCCGAUCCUGCGUGAGCUUCCACGCAUUGUCUUCACCGAGGACCGGGAUGAGGAACAGUGCUCUUUGGCUGAAUUGGUUCGUGUCGCCUCGCGCAAUUGGCUGUUUGACUGUGGUCGGUCUUAUUGGUUGAAGCAAGUCGGUGGACCAUUGAGUAUGAGGGCAUGUAAGUCUCAAGUGGAUAUUUUGAAUAAGAGGCGCAUUCUGCGAAUCUAUGGGAAAAGCAUAGAGAAAGCACGCAUCUAG